AAGUGGACACCACCAACAGUGUGCACCAGCCACAACAGAAAAAGCCAGAGUAAAGAGGGACGUGAUAGGAAUAAAAAAGAGAGAUCCUGGUGCAUAAACCCCUGAACACCAACUAUCUCCAAGCCUCACAAAGCGUAGCAAUCACCAACACAUUUAUCCUACAAUUACAAGUAAUCCUUGUUCUUCACAAUCCUACAAGCAGCUCCUCUCCACCAUCUCAACACGCAGCUCUAAUCAAACACCCACUGAGCAGGAAAGGCGUUGGUGUUGCUAAAAAGAGGAGGAGAAGGAGAAGGAGAAGAUUGGAGGCUGAGGUAUGAGAAGUGGAGUUUGCAUAGUGCAGCAGGCUCUCACUGAUGAGGUUGCCUCGGUCCUCAAGCUCUCGGUCAACUUGGCCAGGAGGACAGGCCACGCCCAGGUCACACCCCUUCAUGUUGCUGCAAUCGUUAUCAGCACCUCCUCUGCCUCCACUGAUGUUCUUAGGAGAGCUUGCCUCAAGUCCCAGCCUCACCACCCAACCACCCACCCUCUUCGGUGCAGAGCCCUUGAGCUCUGCUUCAAUGUGGCCCUCAACCGGCUUCCCGCCACCGCUCCUCCUUCUUCUGCCUCUCUCCUUCCCUCCCCUUCCUCCCUCUCAAAUUCCCUCAUUGCAGCUCUCAAGAGGGCCCAGGCUAACCAGAGGAGGGGCGGCAUUGAGCUGCCACAACAGCAACCUCUGCAACAGUUGCAGCAGCAGCCUCUGUUUGCCAUCAAGGUGGAGAUGGAGCAGCUCAUGCUCUCCAUUCUGGAUGACCCUAGUGUGAGCAGGGUGAUGAAGGAGGCUGGCUUCUCUAGCAGCUGCGUUAAGAGUAACCUUGAGGAAGAGGCUUGGACUUUGAACCAAUCCUCUCCGUUUCUGCUGGACUCUAGCAAGGACAUUACCAACGCCAGCAGAGAGAUGUGGCAAUCCCCGCUUCUGGGUCUUGCUUCUAAGGUCUCCGUGAGCGAGGACUUGACGUCGGUCAUUGGGACGAUGAUAAGCAAGCAGGGAAAGAAGGACAACACUGUGGUGGUGGGGGACUCUAUCUCCAUGACGGAGGGCCUUGUGGAUGAGCUGAAGCGGAGGCUGGAGAGAUAUGAGGUUCCUGAUGAGCUCAUGCAUGCCGGUUUCAUUAAUCUUCAGUUCUCUGUCCAUCCCAGGCUGAUGAGCAAGGGCGAAGUGGACAUGAAGAUGGCUGAUCUCAGAAAAGCCAUCAAUUCUCUAACAUCAUAUAGAGUUGGACUCAUAAUCUAUGCAGGGGAUUUGAGUUGGGCAGUGAAUGAGGAACCAAUAGAUGGAAGCGGAUUCAACUACGACCCAGUGGAGCAUAUCGUUGUGGAGAUGGGGAAUAUUUUCUCCGAGUUCAAGAGCAGCAUUAACAACCGGGUAUGGUUAUUGGCUACCGCAAGCUACAGCACGUACACGAAGUGCCUAAUAAGGCAGCCAUGUCUUGUGACUCUAUGGGCCCUUAAAGCUGUGGUGGUUCCCUCAGGUUGGCUUGGCUUGGGUCUCCAAGCUUCCAGUUGCCUAAACUCAAAGGUGUCAACAUUUGCUGAGUCCCCAUUUCAACUGCUUCAGUCAAAGAUUUUUAGCUCAAAGCAACAGGAGAAGCUGCUUUGUUGUGACGAGUGCACAUUUAACUUUGAAAAAGAAGCGUCAGUUUUCAAGUCAGAAAUCCCAUGCUGGCUCCAAGCAAACCCUGAGAGCAAUCAGAAGGAAGCCUUGCCAGAAUUGAAUUCAGGUUGGCCUAACAGCAUGUUCUGCAACCAAAACAAAACCUUCAUCGAAUCUCAAUCAUUAUCUUUCCCUUCAACCAUUCAAAAUGUUUAUCCUGGAUUUUUAGUAGUUGAUAAGAAGAACGAGACAGGGAACUCGUCUGAGGGAAGUAUUAAUUAGUUCCCUUAAAAUAUCAGUAAAUCACCAGGUUAAGUCAACUCUUGCUUUAUCCAGUCCCUUGUUCUCAGACUCGGCAACAUCAAAAGAGACAAGACUAUUGAUGGCAGACCCAAUAGCUUUACAAUGUCAAUUGCAAGACGAAGUUCCUUGGCAAUCAAAUUCUAUUCCUUCGAUCGUGGAAGCAUUGCAUGAGUGCGCCAGUGGUGAUAACACGGCUAUGAUGCUCCUCGUAGAAGGGAAUGAUUGUGUUGCCAAGAGAAGGCUAGCUUCAGUCGUGGCCAAGUCCUUUUUCGGAUUCAAGGAUAAGAUCAUAUCGAUUAAGCAAAAUGGUUCAUUCUGUGCAACUGCAACCCUCUUGGAUGCGUUAAGAAAGCACACGAAAUGUGUGGUCUUAAACUCUUAAUAGAGGAUUUCUGUCAAAUGAAUUCUGACUUCAUUGAGUCAUUCUCGGAUGCCAUAAAAAUUGGUACUCUUAAGGGAAAGUUAGGUGAAGAAGUCAGCUUGGCUGAUGCAAUCUUUAUACUGACCACUUCCGAGUGCUCAAACGUGAAGGAUGCCAAUGACAUCAACAAUGUAGUGGCGAUGAAACUUUGUGCCCUCGAUACAUCAUCAUCAUACGACGCCAAAAGAAAGUCAGAGAGUGAUGUUGGGAGCUUAUCAAAGAAGCCAAUAAAAGAGGAGCAUAGUUUUGAUCUCAAUUUUACAGUGAACAGUGACAUCGAGGAGCAUACUGUUCCAAGUGAUCUGAAUUCAAUAGCCGCCGUCUCCCACAAGAGCUUCUGAAUUCGACUGUUCAGCUCACUUUAAAUGCAUGUUGUGGUCAGUACCACGAGGUUAAGGUCAAUCUCCUCUUGAAGCUGCAUCGAGCAUUUGAUGAAGUGCAGAAUGCUAAGGAUGAAAAGUGGCAACUUUUCAUCGAUCC